AUGACGCAGUCUCCUGGUCAACUUGAAGUUCCUGAAACUUUCUCUCCGAGCAUAUCUUCCAGAACUCGUGUGGCCAAGCGGCGCUCUCAGCAGCAGGCUCAGCGUGUGCAAAAUGCAGCUUUUCUACUCAGAAUACGCCCAGAGCUCCCUGAUGUCAAUGACCAGGACUUGGAGAUGUUGAACCGCACGCACGUGGUUAAGAGUUUCUAUGAUGGUGUGGCGGACUCGCAGCUAAUCGAAGGAUUUUCUGUACACCCGCAACAGCCUGAGAGCCAGGAGCUCGAGAAAGUCAAGUUUAGGAUACCACUACACACCAUGGAUAGCAGCCUAAGUGUGACAUGUGUGGACCACCUACACUCUGAGUCGGAUUGUCGCCUAGAUAUCUUCGACCGCAUCAAGGCUAGAAUGGAUGUUCCAUCCACGUAUGAGCACUUGGCAUGGCGCUUAUCCGUUUCCCGUCGCAAAGACCCACCCCAUCGCCUUCUGACAUCAUACGAUAUUGACAGUGCGUUCAAAGCGGUGAGAGCAGAGUUCAGGGAAGGGAAGGGAAGGAAGAGAGUCGUGAUUGAAAUUAUCAAUACCAUGCCUGCACUCAAAGAAAAUCCGGUGAAACGCAGCUCCAGGUCUUCUGUGGCAGGCAAGCAGAGCCUGACGAACGAGACACGCGGCCAGGGACGAGCUCUUUCGUCGCUUCAGAGAAUGCCCACUGAGAUCAUUUCUCCUAUCAUCCAUAAUCACAUCCACGUUUCACCCGCCAUCAGCGACACGGUGACUUCUGAAGGAAAACAACAAGGAGAAUGCCCUAUCAUGAUGCCCCAGCCACUUAAAAGGACAUACGCCCUUUACAUGGAAAGUGACGAAGAAUCUAGCGACGACGAACCACCACAAAUCAUCGGAAACUUUCUUACCAGUGUUCAUUCUCGUUAUCCGGCCAUGAACUUCUUACAGUAUGCUGGUAAACUGAAAGACCGUGGCAUCUUGUAUUUGCCGACUGCAGUUAGGUUUAAUGUUGGAUUUUACCAGAACAAGGUCGGAAAUAUCACAAUCAGUGAGUCCUUAGCGUCCGUCAUCUCAUCGGAUAUAUUCCUACCUCUACUACCUCCGGUCGCCAAAUUGGUCGCCUUUGCCACCUAUAAACAAAAACCUGCUAUCGAUGUGGCCAAAAGGCGGCCAAGCACCGUGCCCGAAGUCCCAUCGAUGACGAUGCCUGUUCGCGGGCUGUAUUCGAAUUUAAUACGCUCGUUGAGGAGCCUGAGGGCGAAGGGCUCAGAGGAAAACUUGAUGUGGGUAAUGAUAGUGUUGGAAGAUAAGAGGAGGUCGCACUAUUGCACGUACGAAUCAUAA